AUGCUUUUGAGAGAAAAAGACUAUAUCGACAACGAGUAUUACGUUUACAAUCGUCUAUUAUUUAGACUCCUUGGAUUAUGGGAAUAUCAGAUAUCGUCUAAGCAACUCAUUUAUGUUUGUUUUAUUAAUCUUAUACUAGUCGGUGGAUUGUUUGAAAACAUUUAUGCACUUGCAACGUCUGAACGAAGAAUAGAAUCAAUCGUUGAAAUAUUGGAAACGACCUUGCCCAUUAUAUGCUUUGGAUCUUGUUACUGCAAUCUUUUAUUUAAUGCUACAAUUAUGAAAAAAAUUCUUUUUCGUAUGAAAUGCGAUUGGGACGAUUUAGCCGACAAACCGGAAUUAAUGAUUUUAAAGAAAUAUGCUGAUAUAAGCAGACUUUGUACAAUUGUAAUCGCAAUUAGCUUUUAUCUGUAUAGCGCAUUUUUAAUACUUCCAUCUUUCUUAAGUAUAUUUAAAUACAUUUUUGGUUUUAUUAAUGAAAGUGAAUUAAUAUUACCACUUUGUCUUCAUUAUUUUCAAACAAAUCAAAUGCAUUAUUACCUUGGAAUUUGUAUACAAUACGUAGUUGUUGUCAUCGUAACCACGAUAGGAAUUGCUAAUUAUUCAAUGUUUGUAGCAACUAUACAGCAUGCUUGUGGACUGUUUAAAAUAAUCGAAUGGAGGGUUAAUGACAGAUUUCAAAAAUAUCUACAUAAUUUCCACUUUGUCAAUGAUAAUACUGACUUAGUCAAGGAAAAUGAGUGCUGUCAAAUUCCGUUUUAUUCUAUAUCGGUCAAAACGCAGAAAAUGUUACUAUUUUUAAUAAUGAGCAGCAUGAGAUUGUGCAAUUUAUCCGUGAUGGGAGUUAAAGAAAUAUCACACGAUCUGUUUGCUACGGUAAAAGAUUAUUAA